GCCUUUCGUAGGUCCUUCUGCCGGCGCGGCAUACCCGGUCUCGGCUCCUCCUCCGCCUCCGCACUCCGUACCCUCCGCACGCUCCUCGCGCCUCUCGCUCGCCGCGGUGUGCGGCACAUUGCGCCUCGCGAUCCAACGUGAAGCAAGCGAAAGAUUGCCGACGGAAGUAUGGGAGGAUGUAGAUGGGAUAUAGAGCCAGAAGGGGGGAGGGAAUAAGGCGGGCCUCCACCCGAGUCCUCACCUCUGUGUUCGUGGAGAGUGAUGAUGUAUACCAUGGCCGACACCGAGCUCAAGCCGUGCGACCUCGCCGCGCUCGAGACGUUCGAGUUCGAGCGCGUGCUCAUGGAGAGCACCCUCACUGGCUCGUGCUACCUCCUCGGCAGACUACACGGCGAGCCCGCGAUCGUGCAUGUGCAGCGGACGGCUGUCGACCCGUCCGCCGCCCCCGGCAUCGUGAAGGAGGGCCUGGAGAGUCUCGAUGUGUUCCUGGACAACCGGCCUUACUUCUCAGCGCACGCCCUCCUCAAGCGCGGCGCGGACGCCCUCCCCGACCUCGCCCUCAAGCUCAUCUGGCCAUGCACCGACGUCCACAUCAAAAAGUACACGCCGCAACCGCGGCGGCUGCUGACGGAAACGCCCGAGCUCUACGCCUCCAUCGUUGAGCCGUACAUCGCAAGCUUCCCACCCGAGCGCACCGCAUGGGUCCACGCGAUCAUCGAGGGACGGAAGGAGGCGGAGCGCGUGCUCUUCUCCGCGCCCGGCGACGAGGGCUUCACGCUCCUCCCCGACCUCAAGUGGGACGGGGUGAGCCCGUCCGCGCUCUACCUGACCGCGAUCGCGCGCGACGCGCGCAUCCGCUCCCUGCGCGACUUGCGGCGCGCGCAUGUCCCCCUCCUCCGCGCCAUCCGGGGGGCAGCGUACGCCGUGUGCGCGGAGCGCUGGGGCGUCGCGCAAGGCGAACUGCGCCUUUUCGUGCACUACCAGCCGUCGUAUUACCACUUCCACGUACAUGUCGUGCAUGUCGCGCACGAGAUCAUGGCCGGCAUGGCGGUCGGGCAGGCGCACAUGCUCGAAGACAUCAUUGGAUGGCUCGAGCUCAGCCCGGAGGACGGGCCCAGCCUCCUCUCCCAAAUGGCGUUCACGUAUGCGCUCGGCACCGAGCACGGGUUGUAUGCGCCCCUCGCGGCGCGGCAGGAGGGCGAGGCAGACGGCUUCGGCGAGCAUUGAUGGCACCCAUACGUUAAUGCCUUCCUGGCGCAUGUUUACGAUGCCCAAAUCCACGAAGACGGGUGACGUGCGGAAUCCCCUCGACACCCAGCCAUUCCGGCCACCCCUCGCGCCGCAUCCAGAAUCCAGCGUCUGGCGCAGCUGUGCAUGCAUUCCAGCAAUUCCUAGCCCACGAGAAGUCCCGUUCCGGCGCUGCAAGUCUAUGCGAUCUGUGCGAUCUGUGCCUCAUGUCUCGUGCCUCAUGUC